AUGCCCCCAAUAUCUAACAGGUGGCGCCUCUGGAGCGGGGACCCUCGCCGCCAACCCCGGACUGUGGACCCUCGCAGGGGCCCCGUACAGGCGGACGACUCUGGCAGCCCCGGACAGGCGGACGACUCUGGCAGCCCCGGACAGGCGGGAGACUCUGGCAGCGCCAGACAGGCGGGAGAUUCUGGCAGCCCCGGACAGGCGGACGACUCUGGCAGCGCCGGACAGGCGGGAGACUCUGGCAGCGCUGGACAGGUGGGAGACUCUGGCAGCGCCAGACAGGCGGGAGACUCUGGCAGCGCCGGACAGGCGGGAGACUCUGGCAGCCCCGGACAGGCGGACGACUCUGGCAGCGCCGGACAGGCGGGAGACUCUGGACGGACAGGCGGGAGACAGGCGGGAGAUUCUGGCAGCGCCAGACAGGCGGGAGACUCUGGCAGCGCCGGACAGGCGGGAGACUUUGGCAGCGCCGGACAGGCGGGAGACUCUGGCAGCACCGGACAGGCGGAAGACUCUGGCAGUGCCGGACAGGCGGGAGAUUCUGGCCGGACAGGCGGGAGACAGGCGGGAGAUUCUGGCAGCGCCGGACAGGCGGGAGACUCUGGCAGCGCCGGACAGGCAGUUGACUGGCAGCGCCGGACAGCCGGGAGACUCUGGCAGCACCGGACAGGCGGGAGACUCUGGCAGCGCCGGACAGGCGGGAGACAGGCGGGAAAUUCUGGCAGCGCCGGACAGGCGGGAGACUGGCAGCGCCGGUCAGGCAGGAGAUUCUGGCAGCGCCGGACAGGCGGAAGACUCUGGCAGUGCCGGACAGGCGGGAGAUUCUGGCCGGACAGGCGGGAGACAGGCGGGAGAUUCUGGCAGCGCCGGACAGGCGGGAGACUGGCAGCGCCGGACAGGCGGGAGACUCUGGCAGCGCCGGACAGGCGGGAGACUCUGGCAGCGCCGGACAGGCAGGUGACUCUGGCAGCGCGGGACAGGCGGGAGACUCUAGCCGAACAGGCGGGAGACAGGCGGGAGAUUCUGGCAGCGCCGGACAGGCGGGAGACUCUGGCAGCGCCGGACAGGCGGGAGACUCUGGCAGCUCCGGAGAGGCGGGAGACUGGCAGCGCCGGACAGGCGGGAGACUCUGGCCGGACAGGCGGGAGACAGGCGGGAGAUUCUGGCAGCGCCGGACAGGCGCCAGACUCUGGCAGUGCCGGACAGGCGGGAGAUUCUGGCAGCGCCGGACAGGCGGGAGACUGGCAGCGCCGGACAGGCGGGAGACUCUGGCAGCGCCGGACAGGCGGGAGACUCUGGCAGCGCCGGACAGCGCCGGACAGGCAGUUGACUGGCAGCGCCGGACAGGCGGGAGACUCUGGCAGCGCCGGACAGUCGGGAGACUCUGGCAGCGCCGGACAGGCGGUAGACUCUGGCAGCGCCGGACAGGCGGGAGACAGGCGGGAAAUUCUGGCAGCACCGGACAGGCGGGAGACUGGCAGCGCCGGUCAGGCGGGAGAUUCUGGCAGCGCCGGACAGGCGGGAGACUCUGGCAGCGCCGGACAGGCGGGAGACUCUGGCAGCGCCGGAGAAGGAGGGAGACUCUGGCAGCUCCGGGCUGGAGGAGAUUCUGGCAGCGCCGGACAGGCGGGAGAUUCUGGCAGCGCAGGACAGGCGGAAGACUGGCAGCGCCGGACAGGCGGGAGACACUCGGACAGGCAGCGCAGCCGGACAGCCGGACAGGCGGGAGACAGGCGGGAGACUCUAGCGGACAGGGACAGGACGGGAGACAGCGCCGGACAGGCGGGAGACUGGCAGCGCCGGACAGGCGGGAGACGCAGCGCCGGACAGGUGGCAGCGCCGGACAGGCAGGUGACUCUGGCAGCCGGACAGGCGGGAGACACUCUGGCAGCGCCGGACAGUCGGGAGACUCUGGCAGCGCCGGACGGACAGGCGGGAGACUCUGGCAGCGCCGGACAGGCGGAGAGAGCGCCGGAGAGGCGGGAGACUGGCAGCGCCGGACAGGCGGGAGACCUGGCCGGACAGGCGCAGGCGGGGAUUCAGGACAGGCGCCAGACUCUGGCAGCGCCGGACAGGCGGAUUCUGGCAGCGCCGGACAGACUGGCAGCGCCGGACAGGCGGGAGAGCGCCGGACAGGCGGGAGACUCUGGCAGCGCCGGACAGGCAGGUGACUCUGGCAGCGCGGGACAGGCGGGAGACAGGCGGGAGAUUCUGGCAGCGCCGGACAGGCGGGAGACUCUGGCAGCGCCGGACAGGCGGGAGACUCUGGCAGCGCGGGAGACAGGAGGGAAAUUCUGGCAGCACCGGACUGGGGGAGAUUCUGGCAGCGCCGGACAGGCGGGAGAUUCUGGCAGCGCCGGACAGGCGGGGACAGGCGGGGGAGACUCUGGCAGCGCCGGACAGGAGGGGAGAGCUCCGGGCUCUGGCAGCGCCGGACAGGCGGGAGAUUCUGGCAGCGCAGGACAGGCGGAAGACUGGCAGCGCGGGACAGCGCGGGACAGGCGGGAGACUCUAGCCGGACAGGCGGGAGACAGGCGGGAGACUCUAGCCGGACAGGCGGGAGACAGGCGGGAGAUUCUGGCAGCGCCAGACAGGUGGGAGACUGGCAGCGCCGGACAGGCGGGAGACUCUGGCAGCGCCGGACAGGCGAGAGCCUCUGGCAGCGCCGGACAGGCGGGAGACUCUGGCAGCGCCAGACAGGCGGGAGACUGGCAGCGCCGGACAGGCGGGAGACUCUGGUUCUGGGAACAGGCACAGGACUCACCAGGCUGGGGAGGCGGCCUCUUCCUUGGCCGAGGCACCAGAUACACAGGGCUGUGGAGGCGCACUGGUGUCGACCGCAUAGCUGGCCCCACCCGUUCUGGCUGGAUGCCAGCUUCCACCUGGCAAAUGCGGGACGCUGGCACCGAGCACACCGGCCUGUGA